UAUAAAUACAAACCAAAUCUCCUAAUUUUUCCCUCUUUGUUGGAAUAAAAAAAACUUAUGAUAAUUAAAGUUGAAUAUCACGAUGGAGUCACGGAUGUAGAGUUUGGUGUUCAGCAGCGGAAGUACAAAGUGAAAGUUGGGUCCCUGUUCCCUCCGUUGCCUGUGUUGUUUACUUUGGGUUGUUGUGAGGAAGGUUCGCGGGGAGAAACGCACACAUACACACACGUACAGAAAUAACCGAUACUUCGAACAACAUUGGUAUCGAGAAUGGUAUAGAGAUACAUAUGCGGAGAUUGAGAUGGAGAAAAUGUAUCAGUCAAGCGGAAAUAGGCGGGAAGUGGCACAUAUAAGCUAAGAAAGAAGUAUCAGUUUAGUUAGCAGAGACGCUCGGGCUCAGUGUUGGCUUGGCACUUCUGUUCCUCCUUCUGCUCGUGUUGACGCCUCGACCCUUCGUCCCCACGCUUCAGGAGGAGAGCGUCACCACCUGUCACAAUCAUCUGCCUGUUGUGCAUAGAAGAAAGAGGUUGUUUACAUACUGUUAAGGCGAGAGUGAGGUGCCUUCCCCUCCCUCUUGUGUGACAUCUCUGGUGUUUGGACCAGUGCAAGACGAGGGUAUUCUAGAUAGAUUGCUGCCGACUGUAUCAGUGAAACAUCUCUUGGACAAGUAUUAGCAUAUUUGAAUUGUUAAAUCAUGAUGAUGGUAAAUGGUGAAGUUUAGAAUAUCUGGAAAAAGAUCAGUGAAGGAAAUAAAAGACUAAAAUUAACAUAAUCCAGACAUUAUUGCACUGGUAACAAUAGCUCAUCACACACCAAGGACAGGACUAAAGAGGAGCACCGUGCGGGCCUGCUGGAGUGCGUAAGGAGCAGUGGGCAGGACUCCUGCCCUUGUCUCCCACCCCUCUAAUGGCCAACCCUCAGGAUGCAUGCUACCUCUCCCUGCUGGCCUUAGCUGAGCGGUUCCGCACCCAGGAGCCGGCCAACAUUAAGAGCUGCGUGCAGUGUUUGCAGGCUGUGUUGACCUUCCGCCCACCUCCGAAGGUAGAGGCACGCACACACCUGCAGCUAGCAACUCUGCUCACCCAACACACCACCAACACACAGCUGGCAAGGGACCACCUCCAGCAAGCAUGGUCGCUGUCCAUGAGCAUUGUUGGAUUUGAUGAUGUUCGCUUUGAGGCAGCAAGUGAGCUGGCUAAGCUGUAUGAGCAGACUGGCAGCACUCCGAAUGCCAAAGGUGUGCUGCAGCGUGCCAUUGAGCUCUCCAGACAGAGUGUUUUCUGGCACUGCAGACUCAUCUUCCAGCUAGCACAACUUGCUGUGACAGAGAUGGACUACACUUCUGCGGGAAAUCUACUGCAGAAGGGCCUUGAGUAUUGUCUCAUCCAGGGCAUUGCUUACAACCAGAUUCUGUUUCUGCUCAGCAAAAUUAUGGUCAUGCUCCUGGAGGGCCGUGGGGCUGUUGAGAUUCAAGCACUGCUGACUCAAGCCAACCAGAGUGUGGAGCAGUACAACGGAGCACAGGGACAGAAGGAACACCUCAGGGUGUUCUAUUUGGUGCUGCUGGUGUGCCACAACCUGAACAGUGGCCAAGUGAAGAGUGUCAAGCCAGCACUCAAACAGCUGCAGCAGUCUAUCCAGAACAUUACGCAGCUCUCAGAACAAGAAGUGAUACCCAGCAGCAGUAGCGAGAUGUUUGCCUGGCUGCCCCGAGAACAGCUGUGUGUGUUGGUGUACCUGGUGUCAGUGAUGCACUCCAUGCAGGCUGGCUACAUGGAAAAGGCCCAAAAAUACACUGACAAGGCUCUGCUGCAGAUAGAUAAACUCAAGGCGGAGGAGAACACCACCAUCCUGAGCUCCCUGCAGCUCCUGCUCCUGGAACACAGCAUCAUGUGCCAUCUCAUCAUGGGCUCCAAGGCGCAGGCCAUCAAGGAGAUUGCCAAAGUGUGUCGGCUUUUGCAGCAUGACAGUCGGCAGCUGCAGGCUCAUCGUGCACAACUACACACACUGCUGGCUGUGUAUGCCAUGAGCAUGAACCUCUCCACUGCUGCUGAGGUCCAAUUCAAUGCAGCACUAAGGACCUCCAGCAACCGAGACUUGUGGAUCUUUGCCAACUUGAACCUUGCUGUUGUUUACCUCCGGUGUCAGCGAGAGAGAGACUUUGCUGCCAUCAUGGACCGCAUCAAUCCUGACACACUCCCCACGCAGUCCCAGAGUCUUCGAGCUGCUUCCUUUUAUGUGCAGGGCCUACAUGCAUUUUUCACCAAUAGGCAUAAUGAUGGAAAACGAUUUCUAAGGGAGUCUCUCAAAAUGGCAAAUGCAGAAGACCUGAACCGUCUCACAUCCUGUUCCCUGGUGCUGCUGGGACACAUCUUCUUGGCACUGGGCAACCCUAGGGAAGCCCUCAACAUGGUGACACCAGCCAUGCAACUUGCCUCAAAGAUUCCAGAUCUCCAUCUGCAACUGUGGUCCUCAGCUAUAUUGAAGGACUUGUACCGUCAGUUUGGAGAUGCCCCACAUGAGCAGGAGAGCACUCACAAUCACUACAACUUCUCCCAGACACUGCUGACUGACCAUCUGGCAGCAACACAGCUUCCAGAACAUCAACUAAUUAUGUGGACAGAUGGUCCCUUCCCACCCCUCGUCACUGACAAGCCAUAGAAAGGUGAGUGCCACAGUAUGGUGCUAGUAGCAUCCAAACUGCAGCAGCAACACUAGCAGCAGUAACUGUCCAUCAACUAGCUCCCCUCCCCCAUUUAUCUCAGUGAUACCUGUACCUACUUCAGCACUUGUGGAGCAGCCAGACCAUGGAGACCUCUUAAUUUUACCAUCUCUGUACUUGCACUUUUUGUAAGGUUGGUGAAAUGGCUAUUUUGUUUGCUGACAAUUGUGGUAAUUGGCCUUAUCAGUGUUUAUGUAUGUGCAGAAUACUUCCCUAAGACCCUAUCCCCUAUAUGAGUGUGAGUCUCAUAUAGUAUGUUAAAAGUGGACCCCAUAACCUAAAUAGCCUAUGAAGUUUUAGGCACUCCUUCACAUAUUAGUGUCUGUCCAUUUAUGUUACAAAAUGACAUCACAAUUUUUGUAAUUCUAUUAUCUUAACAACAUUGGUAUCUACAUGAUGAUCCUCAGUGAAUUUGUUCCCUUAGCAAGUUUUACAAGUACAGUUAUGAAAUGCUCCUAAAUUUAUUGAUUAAUGAAAAAUGGGCACUUGAUAAAAGUUAUAAUGAUAAUAACAAUAAUGUUAAUAAAGAAAAACUAUUAUUUGUCAGGAAGUGCUAUAUUCCAGUGGAAAA